AUGUCGAAAGAUAAAUGCAACAAAUGCAAAGUUAAAAUCAAAGAAAGUAACAAAGAGUUAAUUUGUUGUGGCAUAUGUGGUGACGGCUACCACAUCAAAUGUAUUCCGACCGAUGCUCAAGUCUUGACAGCAGUAGUAUCCGAUCCAAAUUUAUUUUGGCUCUGCAAUAGCUGCGUUAAAGACAUUAAAGAAGGUUUUAAAAAGAUUUGUGAUCUGCAAAAAUCCCAAAAUGAAAUAAUCUGUAACCAAGAUAAGCUUACUGAUGAGCAAAGUUCUUUUCGUCGUGAGUUGGAUUCAAUUGACGCAAAGUUAAGCAAAAUGGCCAACAAAAUUGAUGAAUUUGAUAAGUCGGUAACAAAUGUAAACACGCAGAUUAAAGAUGUUGAAGGGGGUUUAAAAAAGAAUUGGACUGAAGUUGUAAAGGGAACCAUCAAAGAAGAAGUUAAAUCGACUACGGUGGCUCUGAACAAUGUCGUCAAAUCAAUUAAAAACAACGUCGAAACAAUAAACCGUGAGUGCAAUGUUGUGUUAUUUAGGCUCAGUGAAGCUGAAACUAACUCUGCUGAUGCUCGCAAUGAUGAUAAAAAAAUUGUUAUGAAUUUGCUUUCAGUCAUUACAAAUGAUGAAAUCAAGGAAAGUGAUAUUAAGAAAAUGUACAGAAUUGGCAAAAAAGGUGACAACCCACGUCCGAUGUUGAUCGAGUUUAAAGAAAACAUAAGCCAUGACUUCACUAAAGAACAGCGUGAGAAAUGUAAAAAACUGGUAGCUGAAGCAAAAGAUAAACAGAAACAGGAGUCGGGGGAAUUUUUGUACAGGGUGAAGGGAGAUCCGUCAAAUUUGAGAAUAAUAAAAAUAGAGAAAUAUCCAAUAAAAAACUAA